GCCUGCGCCCAGUCACCACAGUGCUCUGUGCUUAGUGUGUUACGGGGUCAAGGUGUGAAGCUGACCUUUGCCCUCAGACUACUUUCUCCCAAUCAAACCAUCUAAGAUGAGGCUCCUGUGUCUGCUGCUCCAUUGUUUGCAAUGGCUUCCAAACACCGGUCUGGUGACUGUGCUGAAACUCCCGUCAUCCCCGUGACACUCCCACACUCCCCUCCAAAAUCCUCUUCCUUAUUCCUUGUUCCUCAUGGAGAAGGGAAGGGUCCUCCCCUACUGGAAGGAUCCAAGGGAAAUUUCCAUGUAUGGAGCAUUGUGGAAUCUCCCUUCCCUGGGCUACCCCCGGGUUUGUAAUGCAGGAAAGGGGCUGCCAGGGAGUAAUCAGCCCCAUAUUAUUAUUCUAUUUUAUUUUAUUUCAGCAAGAUCACAGCUGGGACAGCAUCAUUGUUACCACUCAGCCGCCGUCGAGGUAGCCCUGUGACUAAUCAGAACCAUUCGAACAGUGAUGACAAGCCCGGAUUCUAGGAAUAGAGCCUGCAGCAGGGCUUGUGCUGCAGUCCACUUGGUUAACAUCCCCUGUGAUUUGGCCUCUGGAAGUGUGCCAUUGGCUGUGACAGGGGUUAAAGCUCGUGCAAACGGAGCCAAGCAGCUGAGGUUCCCUAAUGCCUGGGUGGCCCCCAAGGGAAUGUGCAGGCAUGCUUCAUAAACACAGUUGCCUCCCUAUCUGAACAGAUACUGCCUGCUGCCCAUGCAAUCUCUCCACCGAUACCUUGACAGUUAUGGUAAAGACAGCUGGUGUCAGCAGAUCCCCUUCUAGCAGGAAUUGGCUAAAAUAACUGUCAGUGUUGGCUUGUAAUUUUCCAAAUAUCUACAGACUGUUGCAUGGGCAGAGGACGCAGGUCCCAGUGGGAUAAAGAGAAGCAGGAGAAUGAUCACAGUCUCUGGAUUAAGUCAAUUUCAGCUUCUCUUCGAGGGAUUCUUGAGGAUCAGAGAAUAUCACUGGGAGUAUUUGGUAAGGGAAGGACAUUUCAGAACGCCUUGGACCUGCCCAGUACAUUAUGUCAGCUGUCAAUGACACAAAAUUAAAAUCUGUAAUAUUCCUUCUCUACGGGCUACCGAGUCAUGGAGAAACACAUCUCUGGAUUUCUAUCCCCUUCUGCUUCAUGUAUGUUAUUUCAAUAAUAGGAAAUUCAGUCAUUCUGUUCACUGUAAAAAGAGAUCCAAGCCUCAAUGAGCCCAUGUAUAUUUUCAUUUCCAUGUUGGCCGUCACAGACCUUGGCAUAUCGAUAACCACCAUACCGACCAUAAUGGGCAUAUAUUUGUUUAACUCUAGGGAGAUCAGCCUCAAUGCCUGUUUAGCCCAACUGUUCUUUAUCCACUUGCUUCAAUGCAUUGAAUCCUCUGUGCUUUUGUUGAUGGCCUUUGACCGCUUCAUCGCAAUUCAUAACCCACUGAGAUAUUCUACCAUCUUAACCCCACCGAGAAUAGCCAAGAUGGGACUUGUGGCUGUGCUAAGAGCGAUGGUCAUAAAACUUCCACUUCCCUUUCUCCUGAAACGGUUCCACUACUGUCGAGCCAAUGUCCUCUCCCAUUCCUACUGCCUGCACCAGGAGGUCAUGAAGAUGGCUUGUUCAGAUAUCACAGUCAACAGCAUCUAUGGAUUGUUUACUAAACUCAUAACAAUGGGGUUGGACUCGCUGCUCAUCUUCCUCUCUUAUGUGAUGAUCCUCAAAACAGUGCUGAGCAUCUCAUCCUACAAGGAGUCCCUGAGGGCCCUGAACACCUGCGUCUCCCACUUCUGCACCCUCCUGCUCUUCUACACACCAGAGAUCAGCUUGACUGUGAUGCACAGAUUCGGGGAGGGCUCUUUUCCAUUAUUUCAGAUUCUCAUAGGCUACAUCUCCCUGCUUCUCCCACCGAUGAUAAAUCCAAUUGUGUACAGUAUGAAAAGCAAACACCUUCGUGUGAAGAUAAUCAGGAUGUUCAUCAAGUGAAGGGUCAGUUCACCACCUGGGUCCAGUGACAUGGGAGACAAAAAACAUGGGCCACCUAUUCCAUCA